AUGAAGGGUGCUAGCACCAUUUGGCUGGGAGUCAUUCUGCUAAUAGCUUUGGUACCAGAUCAGAUGAGAGUGCCACAUGCAGAAGCUAAAGUUUGCGAGGCUCCAAGCGCAGGUUUCAAGGGGCUUUGCACGAGCGACACAAAUUGUGCGCAAAUCUGCAUCACCGAGGGCUGGACUGGUGGCCACUGUGAAGGGCUGCGCCGCCGCUGCAUGUGCCAGAAACCCUGCUGA